GAGGCGCAGCCCAGCUUCUAGAGGGAGCAGUCCGAGGCAGCACAGGGGGAAUAAAAUAUAAUUUAUGAAAAAGAAUACUGAUUUCACUAAAUACAUCUCCAAACAAAGGAAAGCGAAACAAAGGAAUCCACUGGAUCGGAAGGACAGCCUAUGAGAAGAACCGAAAUGGAGGAUAUUGUGAUAGCAGGAAUUGCAGGGAGGCUUCCAGAGUCGGACAACCUGCAGGAAUUUUGGGAUAAUCUCGUCAAUGGUGUUGACAUGGUAACAGAUGAUGAUAGACGAUGGAAGCCAGGAUUAUAUGGGCUCCCUCACAGAAGUGGGAAACUGAAGGAGAUCAGCAAGUUUGAUGCCUCCUUCUUUGGUGUCCACCCCAAGCAAGCGCACACAAUGGACCCUCAGCUUCGGAUCAUAUUGGAGAUUGCAUAUGAAGCUAUUGUAGAUGGAGGAAUAAACCCCAGUGCUCUGCGAGGUACCAACACUGGGGUUUGGAUUGGCGUCAGUGGCUCAGAGGCAGCUGAAGCUUUUAGUAGAGACCCAGAAGAGUUACUAGGAUACAGCAUGACUGGCUGUCAACAUGCCAUGUUUGCAAACAGGCUAUCAUACUUUUUUGACUUGAAAGGUCCCAGUAGUUCCAUUGAUACUGCCUGCUCAUCCAGCUUGCUGGCACUGGAAAACGCCUUCCAGGCAAUUCGGCAUGGCCAGUGUGAUUCUGCCCUUGUCGGAGGAGUCAACCUCCUACUAAAACCCAAUACAUCAGUGCAAUUUAUGAAACUGGGCAUGCUCAGUCCUGAUGGAUCAUGCAAAUCCUUCGAUGCUUCAGGUAAUGGAUACUGUCGGUCUGAAGCAGCUGUGGUUGUCCUUUUGACCAAAAGAUCAGCAGCCAAACGGGUUUAUGCUACAGUAGCUAAUGCAGGAAGCAACACUGAUGGUUAUAAAGAACAAGGUGUAACAUACCCCUCUGGAGAAAUGCAGCAGAAGUUAAUGAAAGCAGUAUAUGAGGAAGCAGGUAUCUCACCGGCUGACGUGGAAUAUGUUGAAGCACAUGGCACAGGAACCAAGGUUGGCGACCCACAGGAAUUGAAUGGAAUUGUGAAUGUUUUCUGCCAAUUUGAUCGCAAGCCCUUAUUGUUGGGAUCAACAAAAUCAAACAUGGGCCACCCAGAACCUGCCUCAGGAUUGGCUGCUUUAGCAAAGGUUGUACUGUCUCUGGAACAUGGCUUGUGGGCUCCCAACAUUCACUACAAAACUCCCAAUCCUGAUGUUCCAGCUCUGCAGAAUGGAUGUAUCCAAGUAGUAACUGAACCUAUCCCAGUGAAAGGUGGAAUUGUGGGAGUUAAUUCGUUUGGAUUUGGAGGUUCCAAUGUUCAUGUCAUUUUGCGCCCCAAUUUAAAAAGAGCUCCUCCUUCAGCUCCCCUGGCAUUACCACGCCUAGUCCAAGUAUGUGGCCGUACUCCUGAAGCCGUUGAAACCCUGAUUGAACAAAGCAAGCAACAUAGCAAUGACGUGAACUUUUUCAGCUUGCUAAAUGAUAUCUCUACAGUGCCUGUUUCUGCAAUGCCAUACCGAGGUUACACCCUUGUCGGAAGUGAAAUGGAUGCUAAAGAAGUACAGCAAGUGCAGUCUUCUGGAAGGUCACUUUGGUACAUUUGUUCAGGCAUGGGAGCUCAGUGGAUUGGAAUGGGUCACACUCUGAUGAAAUUGGACAUAUUUCGUGAAUCUAUUCUACGUUCUGACAAAGCACUAGAAGCAACUGGAUUGAAAGUAUCUGAACUCCUUUUGAGCACUGAAGAUACAACGUUUGAUGACACUGUGCAUGCCUUUGUAGCCCUUGCUGCCAUUCAGAUUGCUCAAAUAGACAUGUUGAAGGCCAUGGGUCUUCAACCAGAUGGCAUUGUUGGGCACUCGGUGGGUGAGCUGGCCUGUGGGUAUGCUGAUGAUUCAUUGACGCAUGAGGAAGUUAUAUUAGCAGCUUACUGGAGGGGCCGAUGCAUCAAGGAGGCCAAACUACCAGCAGGGGCAAUGGCUGCUGUUGGGCUGACCUGGAGCGAAUGUAAGGAACAAUGUCCAGAAGGGGUGGUCCCAGCCUGCCACAAUGCAGAGGACACUGUCACCAUCUCAGGACCACAGGAAGCUGUGAGUAAGUUUGUAGCCAAACUGAAGGAAGAUGGCGUCUUUGCCAAAGAAGUUCGCAGUGCAGGAGUUGCGUUCCACUCUUACUACAUGGCGUCCAUUGCCCCAACACUUCUGAAUGCACUGCAGAAGGUUAUAACUGCUCCCAAGCCUCGUUCUGCUCGCUGGAUCAGUACAUCAAUCCCAGAAUCCAAAUGGGGCAGUGACCUGGCUAAAUUCUCCUCUGCUGAGUAUCAUGUCAACAACCUGGUGAGCCCUGUCCUGUUCCAGGAAGGACUGCAGCAUAUUCCAGAUAACGCUGUCGUGAUUGAGAUUUCUGCUCACGCCCUGCUUCAGGCUAUUCUGAAACGAAGUUUGAAACGAUCCUGUCUUAUUAUCCCACUGAUGAAGCGAGGGCACAACAAUAACCUGGAGUAUUUCUUAUCACACAUUGGCAAAAUCUACACCAGUGGUGCAAACCUGGACUCCAACAAGCUAUUCCCACCCUUGGAGUACCCUAUCCCUGCUGGAACCUCCUUAAUUUCCCCCUGCAUCAUGUGGGACCACAGCCAAACCUGGGACGUACCCAAGACCGAAGAUUUCUCCUCUGGGUCUGGAGGUUUAGCAUCUGCCACUGUAUUUAAUAUUGAUAUGAACCCUGAAUCUCCUGACAAUUAUAUAGUUGAUCACUGCAUUGAUGGGAGAGUACUUUACCCAGCCACUGGCUAUCUAGUUCUGGCCUGGCGAGCACUGUUACGAUUGACUGGAGCGGUUAUGGAACAGACACCAGUAAUAUUUGAAGAUGUUGUCAUACAUAGGGCAACGAUCCUACCAAAAACAGGCUCUGUACAGCUUGAAGUGCGGCUGAUGCCAGCAUCAAAUAGAUUUGAAGUUUCAGAGAACAAUAGCCUGGCUGUUAGUGGGAAGGUGUCUCUUUUGGAAGAAACAGCCCUAACUGACUUUAGAAAGCAGGUAAAGACAAAUGCAGAGUUUGAAGAUACAGAGAAAACGUUCCGUCUUUCUCCGGGAGACAUUUACAAAGAGCUGCGUCUACGAGGCUAUGAAUAUGGAAAAAACUUUCAAGGGAUCUUAGAGUCCAAUAAUGCUGGCGAUAAAGGAAAGUUGCUGUGGUCUGGCAACUGGGUGACGCUUUUGGAUACCAUGUUGCAGAUGAUUGUGGUCGGACUGUCUGGACGCAGCUUGAGAAUACCAACUCGCAUCCGCUCUGUGUGCAUUGACCCACAGCUUCAUGAAGAGAGAAUCCAAGAUUACAAGGAAAACAGAAAAGCUGUGGAUGUCGUUGUGAACCGGUGUCUUGACAACAUUAUAGCAGGAGGAGUUCAGAUCAGUGGGUUACAUGCAACAGUAGCUCCACGCCGGCAGCAGCAGCAGACACAGCCAAUUCUGCAAGAGUUCCACUUCAGCCCUUACUUUGAGAAUGACUGUCUGAUUGGCAGUGAGAAACUUCGUUCCUGCCUAGCACAGUGCAAAGGUUUUGUGCAGAAGUUACAGGACAAAUUGUCCAAUCAUGGACUGAAGCUUUCUUUCUCUGGCCUACCAACUGGUAUAACCACCUCUGCUGGGACCACUGGCUCGGAGAAAGGACUACUGCAUAUGCUUAAUGUACUGUGUGGUCUAGACCUGAAUGGGAAUCUCUGGUCAGAACUGCAGCAGACAGUGGAGACUGAAAAAGGUUGUCUAUAUGAAGAUGAGUUACUGAAUGGAUUACUUGAUAGUUCAGCAUUGAAAAUCUGCCUUGAUAUCUCCCUGGAAAACAUCGUGAACAAGAAGAUGAAGAUUAUAGAGGUCUCAGCUGGCAAUGGAAACUUGUAUUCUCGCAUCGUCCCUUUAUUGAACAACCAGCCAAUAAUCAAUCUCGAUUAUAUCGCCACUGAUCUGAACCUUGAUUCCCUGUCACCCAGCCAGAAUCAGCUUCAAGAUAUGUGUGUUUCCAUUGAUCAGUGGAAUCCCAUGAGUCCUGCCACUUCUAAUCUGGCCAAUGCUCAGUUAGUUGCCUGCAACAGCUCGGCAUUCCUUUUUGAGGACCCUCAGACUGUUGUCUCCAAUAUGGCUGCUAUAGUGAAAGAUGGUGGAUUUGUGUUGCUGCACACCCUUCUUAAAGGAGAAAUCCUUGGUGAGACGAUUGCGUUCCUUACAGGGAAAGACCCUAAGCAAUCACAGGGGCUUCUAACGCAGAGUGAGUGGGCAGAGGUAUUCAGCCAGGCCUCGCUGGACCUGAUUAGCGCGAAGAAGUCUUUCUAUGGCUCCGUUAUGCUCCUGGGUCGCAAAAAGGCCGAACCCAAGACUCCAAUUUUCCUGUCAGCCCACCCAACAGAUUUCAGCUGGAUUGAGUCCCUGAAAAGCAUCUUGGAAGAGUCUUCAGAAGAUCCGGUCUGGCUUACGGUCACUAACUGUAGCAAUUCAGGAAUUGUUGGAAUGGUGAACUGUCUUCGUCAGGAACCUCGCGGACAUAGAAUACGGUGUGUAUUUGUAACAAAUUUAAUCUCUUCCUCGCCUGUUCCCUCUCUGGAUGCUUGUGGAAAGGAUAUGAAAACCAUUCUCCGCAAUGACUUAGUGAUGAAUGUCUAUCGUGAUGGACAUUGGGGCAGCUUCCGACACAUUUUCUUACAAGACCAAAAUAAGGAACAGACAGAGUUUGCCUACGUGAACGUGCUGACCCGUGGAGAUUUGUCAUCUCUCUGUUGGAUUUUAUCACCACUGCAAUACUUCCAUUCCAGCGAUCCUUAUAUUCAGCUAUGCAAGGUUUAUUAUGCAUCACUCAACUUCCGUGAUAUCAUGCUGGCAACUGGCAAACUGCCACCUGAUGCCAUCCCUGGUGACGCAGCUUUGCAGCACUGCCUCUUAGGAAUGGAGUUUUCAGGUCGUGACCCCAGUGGUCGGAGAGUAAUGGGACUGCUUCCCGCCAAGGGACUGGCAACGGUUGUGGAUUGCGAUAUGCGAUUCUUGUGGGACGUUCCAGAUAACUGGACAUUGGAGGAGGCUGCUUCAGUGCCUGUUGUUUAUGCAACUGCAUAUUAUGCACUGGUGGUGAGAGGUCGCAUUAAGAAGGGCGAGAGUGUACUUAUCCAUUCAGGGUCUGGUGGUGUUGGGCAGGCUGCCAUUUCCAUUGCCCUCAGUUUGGGAUGUCGUGUCUUUGCCACUGUCGGUUCCAUAGAGAAGCGCGCAUACCUUCAGCAACGCUUCCCACAGCUGAAUGAUGAAUCUUUUGCCAAUUCUAGAGACACUUCCUUUGAGCAGCAUGUGCUGCGAGUGACUGGUGGCAAAGGAGUGGACCUGGUGCUGAAUUCAUUAGCUGAAGAGAAGCUGCAGGCCAGUCUACGUUGCCUGGCUAGGCAUGGGCGCUUCCUUGAGAUUGGCAAAUAUGACCUUUCUAAUAACAAUCCACUCGGCAUGGCUGUCUUCCUGAAGAAUAUUGCAUUCCAUGGAAUCCUGCUGGACGCCCUGUUUGAUGAAGGAAACAAGGAGUGGGAGGAAGUAUCCGAGCUCCUGAAGGAAGGAAUACGCAGCGGUGUGGUCAAACCACUGAAGACCACCGUGUUCGACCGAGAUGAUGUGGAAUCUGCUUUUCGUUUUAUGGCACAGGGCAAACACAUUGGAAAAGUUAUUCUGAAGGUUCGAGAGGAGGAAGGCAAAUCCCCUUCUGCAAACUCAGAACAGCUCACCAUUGCUGCCGUGCCCCGUACUGCAUGUCCAGCAGCAAAGUCUUACGUCAUCACAGGAGGUCUCGGAGGUUUUGGUUUGGAGCUGGCAAAUUGGCUGAUUGAGAGAGGUGCUCAGAAACUGGUUCUGACAUCCCGAUCUGGAAUACGCAAUGGGUACCAGGCUAAACGGGUACGUGAGUGGAGGGAAAUGGGCAUAAAAGUCCUCAUUUCCACCAGUGAUGUUUGCUCUUUAGAGGGUACGCAGCAUCUCAUUGCAGAGGCCACUGGUCUUGGCCCUGUUGGUGGCAUCUUCCACCUUGCUAUGGUUUUAAGAGAUGGCAUGUUGGAGAACCUGACCCCUGACCUCUUCAAGGAUGUUAAUCGGCCCAAGUACAAUGGCACAAUUCACCUGGACAGGGUCAGUAGGGAGAAAUGCACAGCGCUAGAUUAUUUUGUUGUCUUCUCAUCUGUGAGCUGUGGCUAUGGUGUUGCUGGCCAGAGUAACUAUGGUUUUGCCAAUUCUGCCAUGGAACGUAUCUGUGAGCAGAGAUGCCGUGACGGCCUGGCAGGCCUAGCCAUACAGUGGGGUGCCAUUGGAGAUGUGGGCAUUAUCUUGGAAAGCAUGGGUGACAAUGACACUGUAAUCGGUGGAACUUUGCCUCAGAAGAUCAGCUCCUGCUUAGAGGUUCUGGACCAGUUCCUGAAUCAGUCUCAUUCAGUUAUGUGCAGCUUUGUCCUUGCACAGAAGGCAGUAGUUAAAAAGGCUGAUGGCAGUGGCCAGCGGGAUCUCAUUGAGGCUGUUGCCCACAUACUUGGUGCACGUGACAUCAAUGGUUUGAACCCAGACACAACACUUGCUGACCUUGGACUGGAUUCACUGAUGGCAGUGGAAGUACGACAAACACUGGAGAGAGAUUAUGAAAUUGUCAUGACAAUGAGAGAAAUUCGACAACUCACUAUCAAUAAAUUACGUGAACUUGUGAAUAAAUCUGGCAGUACUGGAGAAUCCAAGCCCACACCUCUGUCACCGAUAGACUCUCAGCUGAAAGAUCUGGACCUUAAUGUUCUACUUGUCAAUCCUGAGGGAUCAACCAUUGCCCAGCUGAAUAACGUAGAGAGCAAUGAACGACCUCUUUUCUUUGUCCACCCAAUUGAGGGAUCGGUUGAGGCCUUUAAGGCACUUGCAUCUAAAGUCAGCAUUCCCUGCUACGGUCUACAGUGCACACAAGCUGCUCCACUGGACAGCAUCCCAAACUUGGCUUCCUAUUACCUUGGCUGCAUUAAACAGGUCCAGCCUGAGGGGCCCUACAGAAUUGCUGGUUACUCUUUCGGGGCGUGUGUAGCGUUUGAAAUUUGCACACAGCUGCAAGCACAGGCUAACAUGCCUCGUCCUGUUGACUGCCUGAUCUUACUCGACGGCUCUCACUCAUAUGUGGCUUCGUACACCCAGAGUUACAAAGCAAAACUGACAACUGGAAAUGAUGCUGAAGCAGAAACCAAAGCAAUGUGUGCAUUUGUUGGGCAGUUCGCAAACACAGAACAUAACAAGCUUUUUGAGAAGUUGCUACCACUGGAGAACUUGCAAGCGAGAGUCAAUGCAGUUGUUGAUAUGAUCACCACAAACCAUAAAAGCAUCAACCGUAACACACUUAGUUUUGCAGCUACAGCUUUCUAUUAUAAACUUAAAGCAGCAGACGAGUAUAUCCCUGCUUCUAAAUUUGGUGGAAACAUCACACUGCUGCGAGCUAAGACCACCCAUGAACUUCAAGAGGGUAUGGGUGGAGAUUACCAACUCUCUGAGGUUUGCGAUGGAAUGGUCUUAAUUCAUGUGAUUGAAGGAGAUCAUUGGACAUUCUUAAAGGGGGCAUCAGUGGAUUCAGUUGUCAGCAUCAUCCACAACACUUUGGCGGAGCCACGAGUUGCUGCUAGGGAGGGCUGAACCAGAAGAUUUAUAUGUUGUCCAAUCAGCCAUGGUUCCUGGCGCGUGCAAUAGAUUGUACAGCUGUCGAGUCUUUUCGCACAAUGAUGUUGUUGCAAAAACUAAUUUCGUGUGGCUUAGUUGUAGUUCAAGGCAGUAAAUAUAGUGCUUAAUGGAGAAACUGGUACAUAGCUGGACCAAAAUGGGCAAACAAAAAAAAACUGACUGAUCUAUUUCUGAGACAUUCAUUGUCUAUGAGGAAAUAGAAAUUGAUGAUGCUGCAGUUUUUAAUUUGCCCAGUUGAAUAGCUUGUAAAACAACGAUGUAUGUGGAACCUACCAAUAGCAUGAUCCAUUCCUCUGUAUUUUUUUUUUCAAAAAAGUUAUGUUUAUAAUUUUUCUCCCAAACUGUAAACUAUUUGUGUUUUGUGUGUUGAAUGAAAUAAAGGUCAAUUCUGUUAUUUUUAGUAUGAAGUCUGGUAUUGCGAAAAGGGUUUAAAAAAAAAAACGCUGUUAAACAUGGAACAGUCUGAUGAUAAGUGCCUGGCUCUGAAUCAGAAGGUACUGAAUUCGAGUCCCAGGAAUCCAGGAGUCUCUCACCAUUUCGAUUGAAUGAAGCUGCUGAUUGGAACAAUGGCCAUGAUGAGCCUGUCCAUUGUGUUGAAUGAGAAGCUGACACCUUUAUCCUCCGGCUCUUCCAAUGGCAGUGCCUGUCAGCAAAUGACAGUUGUAACAAAUCCCAUCUUUCAGACUCUGCUGGCCCUGUAGACAUAAGGCGAAUUUUGGGGCGGAGGAAGUAGGGAACAUUGAAUGUAGCCCUAAAUAUUUUACUAAAGCAACUGAUGGCACCUAGACAAAAUUGUAAAAUACUACGUGCGCAGAAGAGAAACCCUGGCUGAUUUACAAGGAGAUAGCAGAAAAUAUUUUUUCCCCUUUUUUGAUGGAUGUCAAUUAUUUUUUGCCCCUCCUACCGCAACAACUGGUCAGAUAAUUAGCAGACAUUUCUGGUGCACUCGCUGGAUACUUUGCAGAUUCAACUGAACCACCUUCAUCAAAACCAAAUCACACAAGGGGAUCUCUAAUUCAAAACAGGGGACCUGAUGAUAAACAUUUUACAUGGCCAAUUAACGAUUCUGCAUUUUGUAAAAGCUGGGGUAAUCCAGCAAAGCACCAGUGUGUGCAUUGCAUGUGUCACCAUUAUCGUCCUGUAGAACUCCAUUAAACUGAUGAAAUGUUCAAUCCGAAAAUAUUGAACAAAGAGGUACUAUAUAAUUUUUUUUGACAAUGCGCCAAAUAAUUUUACAUGGGAGGGGUUUUCACAAAUUCAUGGAAGUGGGCCGAUCCUGCUGUUUGAAGUGUCAUUAGCAAACAAACGUCAUUGAAUUUAUUUCAUGUAUUUUCUGACUUAGGAUAUUUUCCUUGGUUUUAUAAGACAGCUAUUCUGGGCCAUAUGGCUUACAUUUUAUGUUUUAAUAAAAAUACAAUAUCUGGUUUAAAAUUCAUUUUGUAGAACAGAGCAAUGAUUAAAGAUUAUGACUUUUUAGGAGCAAUUUCAGUUAAUUAUAUAUUUGAAAGGAUUAAGUAGCUUGUCAAUUUUUUGACAAUGCAGUACUUGUGCCAUUAAAUCUGCUAUUUCUCAAGAGGAUGUAAUUAAAUUUGACUAACUAUAAAGCUUAAUUGCUAUCUGCUCCUCUGUCCCAGCUAUCCUGACUACUGUAGAUUAUGAUCAUGCAAGACAAAUUGUAGUUAUAACAUGUAUUAUUCUAUCCAAGGCAUUGCAAUCUGUAGCAUCAAACAUCAAAUAAAACUUGAAAUCACUUUCAAUUUAAA